AUGCAGUUCGCUCUCUUCUUGUCCUGGUGCUGCUGCCUGCACGGAUGCGCGCUGGGAACGGGCUUCCUCUAUCAAUUCCCGGCGUCCAGCCUGCAGCACAACUACCCCGAGCAGAGCUCCGGCUCGCCGGGCAGCGGCUUCGCCAGUCGCCGGCAUUGGUGUCAUUAUACGGUCACACGGACAGUUUCCUGCCAAGUGCAGAAUGGUUCAGAAACGGUGAUCCAGCGAGUUUAUCAGAGCUGCCGGUGGCCUGGACCUUGUGCCAACUUAGUGAGGACUCUUAUCAGGCCCACGUACAAAAUGUCCUACCGAACUGUGACCACGCUGGAGUGGAGGUGCUGUCCUGGCUUCACGGGGAGCAACUGUGAAGAGGAAUGCAUGAACUGCACGAGACUAGCAGAUAUGACCGAGAGGCUAAACACGCUUGAGGCCAAGAUCCUCCUGCUCGAAGCGGCGGAGCGAAGCCCCCCGUUAGAAAACAACCUGCCAAUCACUGGGACGACAGCCACCUGGUACGAUGACUUGCUGCCAGAUGCCUUUCCCCUGCUAAAUCCUGGGACCGUCUUGAGGAAAACGGUGGGACCUGCUGGGCUGCCAGGACAGGUUGGUCCUCCAGGCCCUGUUGGACCAACUGGUCUUCCAGGACCGCCGGGGCCGAAAGGCGAGAAGGGACAACCCGGUGAGAGGGGCCCAGCAGGGCCACCAGGGCUAUUGGGACCUCAAGGACCAAGAGGACUUCCAGGAGAAACAGGGAUCCCAGGUCCUCCAGGUCCUCCAGGGCCACCAGCCACCCCAAGCCUCCCUCUUACCUUCCAGCAAGGGGUUCUCUACUCACUUCAGCCCACAGCUGAAAAAGAAAAUGGAGAACCCCAGCUGGCCUCUACCGUCAUAGACACCAUCAUGGCUGGCCUGCCGGGACCACGGGGAGCCCCAGGGCCCAUAGGGCCACCAGGACCCAAAGGGCCCCCAGGACCCAUCGGAGUCCCUGGAUCACAAGGCUUACCAGGCUCUCCAGGACAACCCGGGCCAAAAGGCUCCAAAGGAGACCGAGGAGAAAGAGGGCAAGCAGGUCUGACUGGAGAGAGGGGCAUUAAGGGAUUUCCUGGUGAACCAGGCAAGAAGGGUGAGGAAGGGGAUAAAGGUGCUGAUGGAGAAGGUGUUCAACAACUUCGAGAAGCUCUGAAGAUUUUGGCUGAGAGGGUAUUGAUUCUUGAGCACAUGAUAGGAAUUCAUGACUCUUUGUCUUCCAUUGAGCCAGGCUCUGGACAAGAUGUGAUCCCGGGUUCCCAUCAGCGAACCAGCAUCAAGAUCAAACGUGGAGGACCCCAGCAGCUGCAAGCCUACCAGAUCCUCUCUUCACUGCUGGAUGACGGUGAAGCCAAAAGGAGCAGUAAUCGGAUGAAGUAGGAGCAUCUGCGUGUCCUCUGUGCCGGUUCACCAGUUAAAGAUACAGUAUCCCAGUGCUUAAGUGCAGAGUGCAAAUGAAGUGGGUAGGAGGCUGUAGUGCUGGCAGCUGGAUUUCCUUACCUGUCCAACACUAUGCCCUUAUUGCAGGGAAUGUCUUAUCCAUAGCUCAGAGAGGGUCUUAUGAAUGUUUUUCUUGAUUUUGUCGUUUUGCCUUUGGAAUACCAGGUGGCAGGUAUCCUCAGAAGCUGUCUACAGAAGUGACACCUCCUGACUGUGUCUCCAGCAUUUAAUCCUCCCCUUGUUUCCCCACAGCUCUUGAAAGUCACUUCAGUAAAGCCCUGCUUAACUGAGUGAGACAAUCAGUCCCACUAGACUCUAAGCCAAACCUUAGUCUUGUCCAUUGGUAUAGUUGGUGGCAUCCGCUUUUAUUUUAUGUGGUGGUGUCACACUGACAGUACCAGUACCGCUUUCAUAGGCCAUUAAAGCAGUCUCACCUGCAAGGAUUUCUUUUAAGCAAAGAACAAGUUGGAAAAUUCAAAGAAAAUUUUAAGCUGUUACUCUGAAAAUUCGGAUUACUGUUUGCAAUUUACCAUCAAAAUCUUGGCUUUUCAUGUUGCUGAUUGCAUGUGAAUGGCAUUAUUUCUAUUUGUGACAGGCUGAGCAAGGACUUUUGAUGAAAAUGUUCAUGGCGUACAUUGACUCUCUAUCUUCAAUGAGAUUAGACUGUUUCUGUGAAAAUUUAGAGCAGUAUGUAUGAGGUAU